CCCAACCGCUUCAGUCCUCUGGGUGCGUGCUACUGAUUGAAUUCCUUAAACAGAGCGCGACAGAAUAAGCAAAUUUUUACCCGCUCCAUCUUUUUGGCGCAGCAGCUGCAACUCACUUGAAAGGAAAAGAUGGCGGAGAUUAACCCCAACCAGCACCGCCUGAUCGUCCCCGAUGAAAGCCAACCCGCCGCCGUAGAACUGUCCGCUGAAGGAGCAAAGCGAGUGGCUUCGCUUGAUAUCUUUCGAGGGCUCACCGUGGCGUUGAUGGUUUUGGUUGAUGAUGCUGGAGGAGAAUGGCCUAUGAUAGGGCAUGCACCAUGGAAUGGUUGCAACUUGGCCGACUUUGUGAUGCCAUUCUUUCUCUUCAUUGUGGGAAUGGCCAUUCCUCUUGCUCUCAAGAGGGUACCAAACAAGACAAAAGCUGUCAAGAAGGUGAUUCUAAGAACUUUAAAGCUCCUCUUUUGGGGUCUUUUGCUACAAGGAGGGUACUCUCAUGCUCCAGACAAGCUGACCUAUGGGGUCGACAUGAAACGAAUAAGAUUAUGUGGCAUUCUGCAGAGAAUUGCCUUUGCUUAUUUGAUUGUGGCACUAGUUGAAAUCUUUACCAAAGACUCGAGAGCAAAUGAUAUGAAGGAUGAAUCUCCACCGGGAACAUUUUCCAUAUUUAGAUUAUAUUGUUGGCACUGGGUGGUGGCAGCAUGGAUUCUAAUUAUCUACUUAGCUGUACUUUAUGGCACUUAUGUCCCUGAUUGGCAGUUCACCAUUCAUAACAAAGAUAGCCCUGAUUAUGGCAAGGUUUUCACUGUUGCUUGUGGAGUACGCGGAAAAUUGGAUCCUCCUUGUAAUGCUGUUGGCUAUGUUGAUAGGACGAUCCUUGGAACUGAUCACAUGUAUGAACGUCCAGCUUGGAGGAGAUCUACGCCCUGCACUUCCAUUUCCCCAUACCAAGGGCCUCUACGUGAAGAUUCCCCAUCAUGGUGCCAUGGUCCCUUUGAACCUGAAGGGAUUCUGAGUUCCAUAUCAGCUGUUCUCUCUACUUUGAUUGGAGUUCAUUUCGGCCAUGUUCUCAUACUGUGGAAGAACCAUUCAAGCAGAUUGAAGCAGUGGAGUAGUUUGGGAGUUGCUCUUCUUGUUUUAGGACUAACCCUUCAUUUUACCCAUGCAAUUCCAUUGAACAAACAGCUAUACACUCUCAGCUAUGUCUGUGUCACGUCUGGAGCCGCGACAUUGGUCUUCUGUGCCUUCUAUGUUCUGGUUGAUGUAGUGAACGUGAAGCUAUUGUUUCUACCGUUGGAAUGGAUUGGCAGGAACGCGAUGUUUGUUUAUGUAAUGGCAGCUGCUGGCAUAUUUGCUGGGUUUAUCAAUGGAUGGUAUUACGAAGAUCCUCGGAAUACAAUGGUGUACUGGAUCAAGAAGCACGUUUUCGUUGGAGUGUGGCAGUCAGAGCGAGUAGGCAUUUUGCUGUAUGUUCUGUUCGCGGAGAUUCUGUUCUGGGCGGUUGUGGCUGGCAUUUUGGAUUACCAUGGGAUUUAUUGGAAGCUUUAAUGGUAUAAUCUAAAACCAUUUGUUUCCAUUAGAGCAUUGCACUGCUCAAUGUUGUUGCUGGGAAUGAGGAAUGGAAGUUCGAGUUGUGCCAAUCAGUCUCACAGUACACUCUGUAAAUUUAUCAUCUUUAAUUAUAACCUUUCUGGCUGAAAUCUUCUCUAACGUUUGACUCGCAAGUCAAAUGGAGUUGACUAAAUAAGUAAAACAGGU